UUGGAAGCCGCACGCAUAGACAUGAUCUUUUUUUUGCAAACUCUUUUUGCUAACGGAAUGGGCAUUUGAUUUAAACUCCCCUCGCCAAAGGUGAUCCUUCCAGCUCGAUGUGAAGGUACGAACCAUGUGUCACAGCGUGCGCACCAAGAUGCAAUUCCCCUUCCAGGGCGCAAAACGCAUGCGCAUGGCGCUCGGACCAAAAUCCGAAAGAACCGCUUCGAUCCGCGCACAUGCUUUCGUUUUCGGUUCGCACACAAAACGAUGCUGUCCGCCUCGGUUGCGGUUCGUGUGUCCGCGCAAUCGAAGAAAGUGUUGCCCAGUCUCACUUACCAGUCGCGUAACCCCAGUCCAGCUGUAUGGAGGAUCGUGCACCGAAACGUGCAAAACGCAACGCAAAGCAGCAGAUUUCGGAUCUUUUGGAGGAUCUUUAGCUGUUGAUUUGGGUUUGUGGUGUGGAAAAUUUAAGGAAAAGUGAAAACGUGUUUUUUUUGCCAGUCAAUACAAUGGUAGUGUGUGCGUGUGUUUGAAAGUUUUAAACCAAUCUGCGGUAAUAGCAGCAAGGGCUUAACAGUGAUAAAACAUUAGUAAGCAGAACCCUCCCAUAUUGGGCUGUUGGGUGUCUUUCGCAAACUGUUAUGUAAAUAGCAACUGUCCAUAAAACGAAACACGAUACAAGUUACGAUGGGAUGGAGAUUAAUUAUACUUGGAAUAGUAACGCUGGGAUCCCUUUACACGUUACAUCUGUUGGCGCAGGAUUUCAUGAAACUAUCCAAACCACUAUUCAUGGGUUCCGGAAAACGAGAUCUUGGCCCAUCGUUAUCCUUCAAUCGAACCGCUACACUGCUGGAUUUUGAGGCAAAAAUUAAUUGGAACAAAAUGCUCCAAUCCGAUCCGCUAAAGUGUGCCUUUUCCCUCAUCUGUCAAUUGGCCGCCGGAGCUGAACCGCAGGAUAGCCAGGCACGGAUAAUUUAUGAAUUUAUCGCCUUCAGCGUGGAAAACAGUAAAACCAUCCCACCGCCGCUGAAGGAAUCCUUCGAGAAUGGGCUCAAAUACAACGACAAUCUGCAGGUGAAGGAAAACUACAAGAAAUGUUACCGUCGUUAUCCGCUUUGUUUGUACUCUGCCCGAACAAUGCUAAGGUUUAUGAGCCUGUUUGGCAACGAAUAAGAUUACAUGGCCAUAGCAAGUCGGACAAAUUAGUUCUGCAAAGUAUGAUGUAAUAACUGCCUUAGAUUUAAUUAAUAAUAAUAAACAAGGAAAAGGUCUGCAGACAGAUUGCAAAAAGAAAACUAGCUUGAGGAACACAAACCACUGACGAGAAAUCUAAUCAAUUUGUUUAAUAAAGAAUAAACUAUUAAUUCCGUGUCUGUAAAACACGUUCCUUGUGUUUCCAUCGUAAGUGACAAAACAAUCAUUGCUACCAUCCGUCUUUCUUUCUUAAAAUCCGGCAAAACAUUAAGGUCAAACAGGUGCUUUUCUCUCACUGACCUCGUUACCUUCUUUAUAACAACUUCAAUAUUUUGACAUGCUUGUUAUCGCAUAUUAUGCUUCAUCCGACGGUAACCUUUUCUUCGACCGCUUUUGUUUUACAAAAGCGUCAAAACACUUCCGAGACUACUUCAUUCGUCAUCGUCCUUUUUAUUAACGAAAAAAAGUAUCAGAUUACACCACGCAUGUGCUUCAAAUGGAUUUGUGAUUUAAGCUUUAAAGAGCUGUAAAAAAGCAAUCGCAAAGCAGCAGUGAAAUGUAGAUUUAAAUUGAAGCACGAUUGGAAUGGUUGGAAAAGGUUUACUUUCUAACUAAGAUAUUUCAUAUCUAUUUUAUUACUUAUUUAUCUAACACAAACGCUCUGAUUCACACUGAAAAAAGGACUGGUAAACAAAAUUGUGGACUGGAAAAAUUGUGAAAAAAACGGGAACGGAACGAAACUGGGUUCGUUUUAAAAAGGAACGGAACGGAACUGGUAGGUUAAUUGUUCAAAUGGCACAUGAAAUUGAUUGGGGAAAUUUAGCAAAAUUUUAUAAAUUGAUUUAUUUUAAUGCGAUUUUGUUGCAAUGAGGUUCUUUUCACUCAAAUAAUGCUUUAAAUUAAAAAAAGAAUAAAAAAUCAGAAAAAAAUUUACAAAAAAUUUUCAACUCGAAAAUUUCAUAAGGCUUACCCCUUACGUUUUUUUUGAGAAAUUUUGCAAAAAAAAUUAAAUUGAUUUAAUUUAAUCUCAAUUGGUUGCAAUGAGUUUCUUUUCACUCAAAUAAUGCUUUAAAUUAAAAAAAGAGUAAAAAAUCAGAAAAAAUUUAACAAAAAAUAAAAUUUUGAAAAUUUCAUUAGGCUCAUUUUUACACCAACUUUUGCCUAUAACUCGGUCGGUAUCCAACGGAUCGCCAAUCUUUAACCUGUGGUCGAUAGAUGGCACCAAUGGCUACAUUUUCUUCUUGGACGGCCAUGCCCUCAGAUAUCUGUGCAGGAAGUUAUUCGAGGAAUCAAGUUCUGUACCCUGUUUGAGAAAAUGUAAAAUUUUCCUCAUUUUUGCACCAAGUUUUGCCUAUAACUCGGUCGGUAUCCAACGGAUCGCCAAUCUUUAACUUGUGGCCGAUAGAUGGCCCCAAUGGCUACAUUUUCUUCUUGGACGACCAUGUCCUCAGAUGUCUGUGCCAGAAGUUAUUCGAGAGGCCAAGUUCCCUACCCUGUUUGAGAAAAUGUAAAACUUUCUUCAUUUUUGAGUAAUUUAGCACAAUUUAUAAAUAUGAUAUAUUUUAAUGCGAAUUUUGUUGCAAUAAGUUUCUUUUCACUUAAAUAAUGCUUUAAAUUAAAAAAGUAUAAAAAAUCAGAAAAAAAAUUUAAAAAAUUUUCAACUCGAAAAUUUCAUAAGGGGUACCCCUUGCCAUUUUUUUGAGAAAUUUUGCAAAAAAAAUUAAAUUGAUUUAAUUUAAUGCCAAUUGGUUGCAAUGAGUUUCUUUUCACUCAAAUAAUGCUUUAAAUUAAAAAAGACUAAAAAAUCAGAAAAAAAUAAAAAAAAUAUAAAAAUUUGAAAAUUUCAUUAGACUCAUUUUUACACCAAAUUUUGCCUAUAACUCGGUCGGUAUCCAACGGAUCGCCAAUCUUUAACUUGUGGCCGAUAGAUGGCCCCAAUGGCUACAUUUUCUUCUUGGACGGCCACGCCUUCAGAUGUCUGUGCCAGAAGCUAUCCGAGGAACCAAGUUCCUUACCCUGUUUGAGAAAAUGUAAAAUUUUCCUCAUUUUUGCACCAAAUUUUGCCUAUAAGUCGGUCGGUAUCCAACGGAUCGCCAAUCUUUAACUUGUGGUCGAUAGAUGGCACCAAUGGCUACAUUUUCUUCUUGAACGGCCAUGCCCUCAGAUGUCUGUGCCAGAAGUUAUUCGAGGAACCAAGUUCCAUACCCUGUUUGAGAAAAUGUA